CCGAGUUUGAGACAAAGGAGAUCUUCCAUCUCUUUGCAACCAUGCCAAGCAAACAGCAGAAGAUGAACUAUGCCAUGCUCUUUAAGGAUCUUCGGCUCACCGAUAGAAUCCUAGAGUUAAUGGACUAUCUGAUCGAAAAUGGCAGCAAAUGGAUGUUUUAUAUUGGGCACGUGUUUUAAUUUGGUGGACAAAUAUCCUCCAGUUUCUCUUCUGAAGGGAUAUGUUGGAAAGGCGAAACAGACUGCUAUUGAAAUAUCUCAAAAGAAUAUGACACGCGAGUCCCUGAGUGUGGUAGUAAAGGAGCUUGAUAAUCUAAGAAGGGCACAAUAUCUAGCUGAGCAGCAAAUCACUGAUUCCAGCCUAAGCACCGGUAUUAGGGAAGAAAUCAACGGUUUGUUACGGAAGUUCGGAAAAAGGAAGCAGAGUUUAGCAAAAUCCUAUACUGCCUCAACUUCAAAUUCACAGCAGCUGCAUACGGAGUGCAACAAGAAGCACAAGAAGGAGCGAGAGCAUCACGAGGGACAAGAAAGCCAGCAGCAAGGGCAACAGAGUAAGCCGGGAGAGAAGCUGGAGAAGAAACUAGACAAGCCGCAACAGAAGCAGCAACAGAAACAAGAAGAUAAGCUGCAAGAGAAGCAACAACAGAGUAAGCAGCAACAUGCAAAACGGCCAAGGCAACGUACUCUCAAGCUACCAGCACGGGCUUCUCCUACGGCACAGAACGUGCCAUUGAGAGGCCACUUUGGGCAUCCACCUCGCGCUGCAAUUCAUGGAGUCUAUCACGGUUACCCUGUCCAGCCAGGCUGGCCUGGAGUUCAUUUUGUACCGCCGUUCACACCACAACUUGGAGCACCUGAGUACAUAAUACCCUUUAAUCCCUUCUACCCUCAUCCAGAGUUUUAUCCCUGGUAGCAGCAGCUGCACUGGUUCCUUAGCUGCUUAGUGAAACACAGAUUAGGCGUAGGAGUUCAGUUAAGAGAAAUAGCUUGGUAGGAGUUGUGUUUAUUCCAGCAGCUUU